AUGGAAUUCAGUCUUAAAAAAUGCGAGGGUGAAAUUCCCGACGCUAAAGGAGCCAAAAAAUGCGUUACCUCUUUAGACUCUAUGAUCGAUUUCGUCCGUGAAACCUUCAAAAGUAGCACUACCAAUAACGGUGGUCAGUUGUUUGACGAUCUUAAGGUGUUGAGUACAAGUCCACUUCCGAAAUCAGCCAAAGUAUUUCAACCUUACACAAUCAUUGAGCAGCCAAAAAGAGUCCCGAGCCCUAAAAUGACCGCGUGUCACAUGCUGACUUAUCCUUACGCGGUCUACUAUUGCCAUAACCCUGACCCUGAAAACCAAGUGUACGAAAUCAGUUUGUUGGGUGAGGAUGGUACUCGUGUUAACGCGGUUGCCAGUUGCCACAUGAACUCGAAUGCAUUUGACGCUAAUCUCGCCGUGUUCCGUAUGUUCAACAUUGCACCCGGCUCUCCAGUUUGCCAUUUCCUCUCUUCUGAUGGCCUGCUUUGGGUGCCUGCUAACCCAUCCUCGAUCUAA